AUGAGGAGGCCUUCGCGACGGUUGACUGGGCCGUUUUCCAGGCGAGGCAGCACGGGUUUAGAAUCAUUAUCCCUCUCACUAACGCUUUUGUACGUAAAAUAUCUUCCUUACACCCUACUAACAGCACUUCAGGACUACUACCACGGAGGCCGAUUCAAUUUCCUCCGCUGGCGUGGCAUCAACAUCACGCAAAGCGAUGCUUCCCCCCUCGUCGGCGAGUUAUUCACGAACCGCCAGAUCAUCAACGACUUCAAGAACUACAUCCGCAUCCACAUGACACACAAGAACCCCUACACCGGGCUCACCUACGCACAAGACCUCACCAUCCUCGCCUAUGAGACGGGCAACGAGCUAUAUGGCAACGUCUGGGGCGACAUGAACGUUCGCGCGUGGGUUCAGGAGAUCGCGAAGUACACCAAGAGUCUCGGCCCGCACAAGCUAGUCCUCGAUGGCACGUACGGUGUCAACACUACGCAUCUUGAUAUUCCGGAGGUGGACAUCUACUCGGACCAUUUCUACCCGCUGGACGCGAAGAAGCUGUCGGCGGGGAUUGAGAAGGUGAGGGGCGCGGGGAAGGUGUAUUGGAGCGGGGAGUAUGCUUGGCGGGAUUGAAUGGGAAGGAGACGCCGCAGGGGGACUCGCUGGAGAUGGUUUGCGGUUAUUGAGGCGGAUCAGAAGAGGGAGGAUUCGGUGGUUGCGGGGGAUGCGUUUUGGAGCUUGUUCAUGCACAAUGCCGUACACGAAUUAUUAGGUGCGCGGCAAGGCGCGGCAUGGCAUGGCAAUGUCUUGGGUGGAUCUGCGCAUGUUUUAAGGGAGUUCUCGUGCUAUAUGCAGUGUAUUUUCGUCGCCGUCACCAGUAUCAUAUCAUAUCAUAUCAUCCUCUAUCCCUCUUUCCUCAUCCUCAUGCCCAUCCUCGGCACUCUCUCUCCACCUCCCGCCGGGUUCUUCCGGAUCCAAGCAUAUUUAGCCCACACAAAAACUCACUCAUUGGUCCAAAAUCCGCCUUAUGACAGAACUCUGACUCGUAACUGGGUACACGCUGAACUGGACUGGGCUUGUGUGGCCCGGCUGGUUAGAAAAUGUCACCAUAACAUACCGGGCUGGCUGGUGGUCGUCAAUUACUUACCUCUAAAUACCCUAAAUAUCCUCAAAUUGUCCUCCUACGUACCAAGUAGCAGUUAGAGUUAACCUCGCUGUCGCUCUCGCCCAGGAAUAGACGACAUACCUACCUACAAUCCACCCACAAACGCUCUACAACCAAACCACCCGCAACAAUGAACUGCCCCUCCCGCACCGACGACACCGACGGCCGCGAAGGUUGGAACCAGAGCCCCAACCUGCUCGCCGGCACCAUACGUGCCGACUUCAACGGCCGCACAAAUGCCACAGCGCGCCGCUCUUUAGAUCUUGAUGUACCAGGAGAGGAUGUUCCUAUAGCCCAGUCCCUAGUCGAUACGCCGCCGCCCGAGAAGGGGGAGAAGGGGCCGGUCGUUGGGGAGAAAGGUGAUCUGGCGGGUCAUCUGACGACUGGAGACGGAGAUGGCGGUGGAAGUGGAGGAGGAGG